CUAAAAGGGAGGCUGAGGUAGAAGAAAAUGGUGUGUGACAGAAGUCUGACCAGGAGGGAGAAGAGAUUAGGUGAGUUGCUGUCAGCAAGAAAAGGCUGCAGGUCGAGGUGUUUGGGUGUUUGCUUCUGAGCCGGAAGUGCCCGUGCAGGAGCAAGGAGCUCAUUCCUGGCUCUUGUGAGCCCCGGGUUUAUUUGUUGAAAGAGUUACAAAGAGAGAGAUCUUCCACCUGUUGGUUCCCUCCCUACAUGGCCACAACAGCCAGGACUGGGCCAGGAGCCAGGAGCUUCUAACAGGUGGGCACCAGCGAGUGGCAAGAAGCAGGGUGGAAUAGAAAGCGGACACACCUAACCCCAGCCUAGCAUUACUGGACCAUGGCAGCCGAAGCGAAGGUGACUAGGGCCCUGAAUUCUGUGACCCAGGCUUUGAGGGAACGGAAGGUGCUCUCAGUUGGGCAAGAGGAGAAUCAGGACAGUGGGACAAACAAGGAAGGCAGCCCCUUGGAGCAGACCCAUUUCUCGCAAGAAGCCACAUCAAGGCCAGGGGCCCUCAGAGGACCUGCCCCUCUGCCUGGAUACGGGCAAGCAGAGACCCUCCAGAAGGAAUCUAGCGUGCCCUGGGGGCCAGGCCAGGAUUGGGGAAAGCUGGGAAGAGGCACCGAGGACGAGGCGUUUGACCAACUGAAGCAGAUGCCUCGGGUGGACGAGGUGUCAGACGUCCUGCAGGAGGUCCUGAGGAGAGACUGCUGGUGGAAGGCGUGGGUGCAGAGGCCGGUCACCUUUGAGGAUGUGGCAGUAGAUUUCACCCAGGACGAAUGGGACUACCUAGAUGCCAGUCAGAGGGCGCUUUACCAGGAUGUGAUGUCAGAAACCUGCAAGAACCUGGCAUCAGUGGCCAGAAUAUUUCUGACCAAGCCAAAUGUGAUCGCCAAGUGUGAGCCAAAGGAGGCACCUUGGAGAGCAGCCGUCCGUCCCCCAGACAAUGAAGUUCUUUCAGGGGGCAAGAAGGAGGAGCUUCAGGAACAAGGGCAGAGUCUGAGAGACGAGGGCACUGGCGAUGACAAGGUCUCCCUUGCUUGCAGAGGCACCCGCCAGAGCCCACCUUCGGCUCCAGCGGGGUCUACAGACAGAACCCCAGUGCUGCAAGCAUCCCAGACUGGGCCACCCUUUUCCUGCCUCACCUGUGGUAGGUGUUUCAGCAAGAGCUCCUACCUGCAUAGCCACCAGUUUGUUCACAGCCCCAAGCGGACUAACAGCUGCAGCCAGUGUGGGAAGUUGUUUCGGAGCCCCAAGGCCCUCAGCUACCACAGACGCAUGCAUCUUGGGGAGCGGCCCUUCUGCUGCCCGCUGUGUGACAAGACAUAUUGUGAUGCGUCUGGCUUGAGUCGUCACCGCCGCGUCCACCUGGGCUACCGGCCCCAUUCAUGCCCCGUGUGUGGAAAGAGAUUCCGGGACCAGUCUGAACUCAAACGCCACCAAAAGAUACAUCAAAACCAGGAGCACCUGGUGAGGACUCUAGACACCAUGGCUGGGCUCCAAGCACCCAUUGACGGGAGCCUGGAGCUUGUGGAUACAGACCAUGCACCUGGGACCAGGGCCCAGCAACCUGAAUUUAGAACUCAGGGUCCUAUGACCAGGAACCAGGUGAUGACUAGGAGGAAUCAAACAACAGUUAUUAGAACCCCGGGGCCUGUGUCUGGGACGGAGGCACCCUACACCAGCGCCCCCUGCCUGGAUACCAGAUCCAACUCUCUUCCAAUGAAGUCCUCGAGAUUAAAAAUCUUCAUUUGUCCCCACUGUCCCCUGACUUUUACCAAGAAAGCCUAUCUGUCCAGGCACCAGCAGGCCCACUUUAGAGAGCAGCCCAGCCGCUGCUUCCACUGUGGCAAGUGCUUUGGCUCGGUUUCCAGGCUCGUGGAGCACCAGCAGGUACACUGGACACAGAAGAUCUACCGAUGCCCUGUCUGUGACCUCUGCUUUGGGGACAAAGAGAGCCUCCUGGGUCACUGGAAGAACUAUAAAGGCAAGGAACUGGGCAACGCCCCUAAGUGCUGGGCGGUCCUGGGUCAGUGGCUUGGCUUUCUUCAUGAUGCCUCCCCCAUGGCUGGGAAGGACCGGAAGCAUGGAGGAAGUGGAUCCCCUAGAAUCCAGAUCCUCAGGAGAGGGAAAGUGAGAAAGGAGGUGAGCAAGUGAAACAGAGCAAACGAAGCAGCGAGGGUCUGGCAAUGCAAAUAAACGGCCUUUCUGACUGAGGUCUGUCUUUGUGUUUGCUUUCCCUGAGGACUGACCCUUAGGGUCAGGAGGGAGAGAGGUGAGUGGUAAUGAAGGAAAUAGAAAAAAGAAAAGGAGAAAAGGUGUGCACAUGGAAACUCGCAUUAUUAUUAAUUAAUGAGCACCUAGCUUGUUUCUUUGUGUCUGGUGGGCCAUCAAGUAGCGAUUUGGAAUAAAACAGUGGAUACUCUGACAGCUAAGAAGGUGGAGAGAAAGGAUGAGGGGAGGGGAGAGGGAAGCCUCCACAGAGGGUGUGGAAGUGGAAGGCAACAUUCCAAAGCAGACGGGUUGCCACCUGCCAUGCUUCACUCCCCUGGGUCCUUGUGAGGUGCUCAAGUCAGAUGGACCUCUGGCCAGUGUUUCGUGGGCUCCUCCCCAUCGCUGCUCUUUGGCUGGGGGUUCUCUGCAUCCUCACUCCGCAGCUCACUGAUCUCUGUCUUGUGUUUUAGAUCCUUAAGUUCCUUCCCUUUUACCCUCCACACCUCUGAGCUCUGCCCUAUCUGGGUCAGGGUCUUGGAAGGAACUAAGCUGGCACGCUAUAAUUCGCAGUGAGUAGGUUCUUGGUCUCCAGUUUGUGGCCGAGACCCUGUUGGCUGUCACUCUGAAGCACAGGUGUGCAGAGCACCUUUCUGGACUUAGCCAGAGAGUGCUGCCAGGUAGAAGACUGAAGAGAAGAGUGGAAGGAUGUGGGUGGCAGAAAGGACAGGAGGAGUUGGGGAAAGAAAGAUGACAGAAGGAGCAAAGAUGACAGAAGAAGGAAAGUCCAUUCUAUUUGGAAUUCAUGUUUCUGGAAGUGUGGGCUGGGAUGUUUCCAUAGCAAAGAGGCCGGUCAAUGUGCAACUUGAUGGAUGAGACAUCCCAAGGAUCCGUCCCUGGGCCAACCAGGCUCUCCUCCACCCUUGCCAAUAUGGGACAUCACUCAGAAGGGAUUUCCUAGAAGAAAAAUAAUUUGAAAAGUAGCAGCUCAAUUUACAAUAGCAAAGAUGUGGAAUCAGCCUAGAUAUCCAUCAACUGAUGGCUAGAUAAAAAUGUGUAUGUAUACAAGAUGGAAUAUUGCUCAGUCAUAAAAAGGAAAAAUCCUGACAUUUGCAACAAAAUGGAUGCAACUGGAAAUCAUUAUGCUAAGUGAAAUAAACCAGACCUAGAAAGAUCUCUUAUUGGUGGAAGUUUAUAUGGUAUAAAAAUUGCUUGGGGGCCGGUGGUGCUGUGAUAUAGUAGGUAAAGCCAGUACGUACCAUGCCAGCAUCUCAAAUGUUUCAAGUGUUGAACAUUUUGGAUUUCAUUUUCUAGUUUUUUUUAAAAAAAGAUGUUUUAAUAUUGAAAGUCAGAAAUAGAGAGAGACCUUCCAUCUGCUAGUUCACUUCUCAGUUGGCCUCAAUGGCCAGGGCUGGACCAGGCCAAAGCCAGAAACCAGGAUCCAGGAGCUUCAUCUGGAUCUCUCAUGUGUAUGGCAGGAGUACAAACGCUUGGCCAAUUUCUGCUUUCCUAGACCAUUAGCAGAAAACUGGAUUGGAAGUGGAGCAGCCGGGACAUGAACUCGUGCCCACAUGGGAUGCUGGCAUUGCAGGUGGCUGCAUAAACCACAAUGCCAGCCCUAAUUUUAUAGUACUUUGUUAUGCUUGUCUUGUUAAUCUUUAGUAUUAAUCUCAUUUUAAAAUUUUUUGCUGGUCUGUAAUAUUCCUAAAUUUAUUUAAUUUUGUUAGAUUUAUCUGUCUUUGAGAUGCAGAAUUUCUGCUUUGGUCUUCCUGUCUUAUAUGUGUAUUGGAUCACCAGGUUUUCAAAGCUU